AUGAAUAUGGAAGAUGUAUAUGCUCAACCUGAGCAAGUGAAAAUUACUUUCAAUGAUACAGAGAUGAAUGAUCGACGAAAUAUUAGAAGUAUCUAUGCCGAUAACCAAAAUAAUUCAUCGAACAUGUUUGAUAUGGAACGUUCGAACUUGAAUGGAAGACAAAUACUUGAUCCAAGACAAGUGGCAGUGGAUUUAAAGAAUUUUGAAAACACACCAUUUAAGCUUAUGACAAAAAAUCGUCGAGUGGUAGAAGAUACUAUAGGGCAACAAAAUCUUACUAUUACGAAUAUCGUCAAAUAUAUCGGAGAAGAUAGUCGUCUUGUUGGAUAUGCCGACGAGGCAUUGUUACCACUUCAUGAAGCAUGUGCUCCGUUAACUAAGAUUAUUCAUAAUAUAUCGUCCUACGUUAAAUUGGCAUUGAAUGAAAGUAUAAAGCAACCAGUCAAUGGGCUGACGACCGACGAGAGUGCUUCAAUUCGUCUCUACAUGAUGGAGUGGGAAGCAUCACAUCAAAGUCUCUAUAUGAUGCUCAAUUAUGCACUUAACACGACUACUCGAGAGGGUGUUCUGCCAUAUUUCAAGUAUAUCAAACUGUUCUUGACUGCUCUUAUCAAGCUACCAUCUGCUUCAUCGCAGAUCGUGUGGCGAGGAGUAAAUGAAGAUUUAAGCAAGAAAUUUCUACCUGGUAGCAUCAUAACAUGGUGGACAUUUUCAUCAUGUACAGCUACAAUGGCUGCACUCGAAAAUAACAUCUACUUAAAUACUACUGGAGUACGAACAAUUCUCGCCAUUGAAAAUAUCAAUGGUCGCGUCAUAAGUGCUCAGUCACAUUCUCCGAACGAAGAUGAAACUCUUCUGCUGCCUGGUACUCAAAUGGUCGUUCAAUCACAAUCAAGUCCGGCACCAAAUCUUCACAUUAUUCAUUUAAAACAAAUAAUACCUGACGAAACUCUUCUACAGCCUCCUUUUAAAGCUGAAGUGAAUUAUGGCGAAGUAAGAAAGUCUAUUACUGCUUUACUGAAUGAGUCAGAUUACGACGACGGAAGCUAUGGCCCGCUAUUUGUUCGUCUGGCUUGGCAUGCAAGUGGUACAUACUCUCGUGUGGAUUCAACUGGUGGCUCCAAUGGUGGAUGUAUACGCUUAGAACCUCAAAAUUCUUGGGAGGCUAAUAAAGCAAGAGAUCGUCUGGCAAGUGUUUAUCGUGCUUAUCCUGGCUUAACCUAUGCAGAUUUGUACACGUUAGCUGGUGUUGUCGCCAUCGAAAAUAUGGGCGGCCCAAUCAUCAAAUGGCGAAGUGGACGGGUUGACUAUAGCGAUGGGAGUAAAUCACCACCUGGCGGUCGUUUACCAGAUGCUUCAAAAGGGGCUCAGCACAUUCGAGAUGUUUUCUAUCGAAUGGGUUUUAAUGAUAGUGAACUUGUUGCUUUGAUUGGUGCUCAUUCUAUGGGACGAUGUCACAUAGAGCGAAGUGGUUAUGACGGAGACUGGACAUCAAGAACGACUACAUUUUCAAAUGAUUUUUUUCAUCUUUUAUCGCAAGAACAAUGCGAGGAACGUAAUUGGAAUGGUUCAAGACAGUUCGAAGAUGUGAGAUCACGAAGUUUUCUGAUGUUACCAACUGAUAUGGCGUUGUUUCAAGAUCCUGAUUUUAAACAAUAUGUUCUAGAUUACGCCAACGAUCAAAAUCUUUUCAGCAAGAAUUUUGCAUCUGCCUUCGGGAAAUUAUUAGAACUGGGAGUAAACUUCCCUAAAAACAGUUGA